CCUCUCCACGUCGAUAUCACCUUCUUCAAGUAAAAUUUCUCGAUACAACUAGUACCGACUUAGAAAGUGUUUGAAUCGUACUUGCGCGGAAAGACAGCGCGUUGUGGUGACUUCAACGAGUGGUCUAGUGGGAUUUUCUUGUUACUGCGGCAGGUAUCACCAGUUAUGUUUCUUCCGUGUUCAGCUUCGUGAAAAAUGAGACCAAAGGCGUCCCUGCCAAUUCUUCUUCUUGUGGGUGUCGUCUUUUUGGCGUCUUCUGCAGAAGGACAUGUGGCACUUACGUUUCCGCCGGCCCGAAAAUAUGAUCUCGACUUCUUAGACAGCUCUAGAACGAAAGCACCGUGUGGAAUGCCUAAAGGCAACAUUAAAACCUCCUUUCUGAGUGGUGGCAAAUUUAAUGUGUCGUGGCAUUUAGGAUAUCCUCAUCGGGGCGGGUUUAAAAUCCAACUUCUAGAUCACCUCGAGAGACCAAUUUUAGAUUUAACUCCCACAAUUCAAGGGUCGGAAUUUGUUUCAAGUGAUGCGACGGCCCAAUCCUUCCAAGUGCAACUACCAAAAGACUUUACUUGUCUGAAUUGUACAUUAAGGUUAAUCAGACAGGCGUUGGAAUGGGGCGCCGAUUACAAAUUUUGGUCGUGUGCCGACGUCGACAUAAAAACAAGAAAAGACUUUAGGGAAGUGUGCAGCAAUCACGGAAGGUACCUUUUAGGGAGGUGCAAAUGUGACAGGCUUUAUUAUGGCACCUUUUGCGAAUUUCGCGAUGAAUGUUUAGAGGACAGCGACUGCGGAAGUCACGGAAAGUGUGUAGAUGUUCAAGCAACAACAGCCCCUCGAAUGCAGUGUUAUUGCCAGUUAGGCUGGUUCGGGCCCGGAUGUAACAAACGUUCUGCCGUUAAAAACACUGAAAUUGAUUUCGAAUCGUACACUCAUCGGAAGCUUAGCGAUACCUUCAGAUUGUACUGGAGGAUUCUUAAAGAACACAAGGAAAUUGAAGUUGUUAUGGUCGUCAAUGGAACCAGUUAUGUUGGUCUUGGCUGGCGACCCCAAUCUUUAACCAAAUCUUGCAAAAAUUUCCCUUUAAUUGGAGUGACCGAAUCACCGGUCACCGAAAGUAAAGCCGAACCGGAACCGGAAGCUAAAAGUGAACCGGAGCCCGAACCUACAAGUGAACCAGAGCCAACAAGCGAACCUGAACCCACCAGUGAACCCGAACCCACGAGCGAACCCGGGACGGAACCAGAACCCACCACCACAAAAUACAAAUCUAAAAAAUCGCAAUAUUCCAGACGUUCGGCAAUUCCACCACUGCAGAAAAUUCACCCUAAUGCUGACGUCGUUGAGACAAGUGUGUCGUUCCAGGUUAGCAAAAAGCAAGGACGAAGCCGACGAGAAGUCAGCGAACCUGUAGCGGAACCGGAAGCAGAACCAGAACCAACCACCGCUGAACCUAAGUCAGAACCAGAACCAGAGCCUAAAUCUGAACCCGAACCUGAACCCACGUCAGAACCCGAACCUAAAUUAGAACCCGCUCCUGAACCUAAGUCGGAACCGGAACCUGAACCCAAGUCAGAGCCAGAACCAAAACCAGAACCUAAAUCUGAACCAGAACCUGAACCCAAAUCGGAACCUAACCCUGAACCGCACUUAGAAUCGGUUAAAGCUCACCCCAAACUACAAGUAGCACCCACUGGAAAGAAAGAUACUUUAAAUCCAUACACCCCUCGUCACGAUUUUAACCCCAUGGACUGUACCGACAUUGUCAUCGGUUCAGCUCGAGGAACAGCCAGUAGAAUCGCCGAUUAUUACACUCGUGACAGGUCAACUCCCAGAAAAGACAACUUCUGGGGCGGCAAGAACGACUUAACUGCUGCCAUGGGCUUCGAAAAAGAUGGAAUUACCACAAUCGUCUUCCGAAAAAAACUACAAGCAAUCGAACCAACAGACCAUAGCAUCGAAGACAAAAUAAUGCAUGUCAUUUUUGCCCAAGGACAAGAACCAGGGAAAUACGUCCAUGUCCCCAAAUCCGGAGUGGAGACAGCAAAAGCAUCUGUGAAAGAUUUCUAUAAACCUGACGAACUCAAAUAUCACGGACACAGAUCCCAAAGAGGAGUUUCUACAAUAAAUUUUUUUGAUGAGAAAAAGGCAAUCCCUGUUGGCGGGUCACCUCUCCCAAUCGAGUCAGGAGCCAAUCAGACGGCGAGUCAAGGAAUGAACCCGUCAGAAUGUGGGGGAGAGUGGAGGUACCCUCGCAAUUGCGACACUCUGAACAACACUUGUGAAUACACAGCCAAGUGGGAAGUCCAGAGAAAAGACGAAAUUCGGUUCACGAUAACCACGAGUCAUACUGACCUUUGGACGGGAAUAGCGUUUUCGAAUGAUGAAAAAAUGAGUCAAACUGAUGCAAUCCUGGGAUGGGUGGACAAGACCGGCCGACCUUUCCUGAUGGACACCUGGAUAAGUGGAUACACCCAGCCAUUCCUGGACAGUUCCCAAGGGAUUUACAACAGUGAAGGACGCAUAGUUGAUGGGGUCACCACAUUGUCGUUCACCAGAAAACGUAUUUCAAACGACCCCAAAGACUUGUCUUUCACCGAUGACCACUGCCUCUUCAUGAUGUUCCCGGUCAAAGGAGGUAUCUUCAACAGUGUUAAUAAAAAGAUCCGGAAGCAUGAAGCAGUUCCAGUCAUUUCUUUGGAAAGAAUUUGUAUCAAGUCUUGCGGAAGUGAUGACGAUGUUGUGACAACUACGGAAGCACCAGGUUUGAGCUACAACGUUGCUGUUAAAAUUGUGGAAUUGGGAGAGAAUUUCAUUAUCCCCAAACCGGGCUCGCUGCAAUAUGAUGAUUUGUCUAAUAGUAUCAGCGAUAAUUUUAAACCGAUAUUUAUGAAGAUGCCAGGGUUUAGACGAGCCGUAAUCGAGGAUUUAAAAGAGGAAGGUAAUGAUUUGGUUGCCACAAUGAACGUCCAACUUGACAAAGCAAUGGCCGAAAAAGGCCGUUCUUUAUCAGACAGCCCCGAGUCUAACGACGAACAAGUUCACAAAAUCCUGCAAGAAAGUGUAGGAAGCGGAAAAGUUGGUAAUCUCAAAGUAGAUCCAGCUUAUUUAGUUUUUGAGCCUCAAAGCUUGACUUCAAACAUCAUCCAAGGUAGUUCUUCUAGAGAAGACAACAGUUUCUUCAAUUUAUCCGAAGCCAAGUUGUAUAUAGUUUUAGGCUGCAUUGCAGCUUUGGUUCUAGUCGCUAUAGUUCAGGCUAGUUGCACAAUUUAUAAAGCCGCCAGCAGAAGUUCGUCGAGUCAUAAGGACCGUUUGAUACCAAACUCUGCAUGGAAAGACUACUCUGCCGCCAACACAAAUUACGCAUUCGACGCUUUCGAAGCCGAAGAGAAGAAACAGCAAAUGAACGGCAAAGGACGCAGCGAUACUCUCCCUCCGAAGAGUAACAAUCGCAUUCAGAGGCCUCAAGGCCGGCCCCCGUCCGUCCCUCCUCAGAACGCGAGUAAUUACAUGGGCGACACGAGGUCCUUGCAGCGGCCCAAAGGGGCCUAUCCUGGUAAUCUAGAAAGGACGACUUUCUCACUGCCAAGGACGACGUACGAUAGACAGAGACCGAUGCCGGACAUGCAGCCAGACUUUUAUUUUAUGCCGUCCCAGAGGAAGUAUUCGGGAGAAGUGGUUAGGGUCUACGUCGACUACAAUAACCAGCCCAAGUGACUACGGGGCUGGGUCACGUCACGGGACGUGGGGCGAUUUUUCAGUACCUUGAGUCUUAGAUUUUAACGGUUUUAAUUAUUGAAUUUUAAGCUGAUUGCGUAAUUUAUUUUUGUACAUAUGGCGUAUUUAUUGUAUUAUAACUUAUUCAAAGUCGCAGCCAUUUGUACGAAAAAUAAGCGUGGGGUAAUUUUUCUGUGCGGAAUGUAUCCACUUAAAUACUCAACCAAAGUUAGGUACAGCUACAGUAAGGUUUAGGCUAUUGUAUAUUGUAAAUUUCCAGGGCACCCCAUAAGUGUUUUAGUUGUUAUUUUUUAGAAGUUUAGCGCUGCAGGACUGGAUACCCAACACAGAGCUUCAACUUUUAUUUUGUGUCGCUUGUUGUAAAUAUUUACAAUACUAAAUAGAUUUAAAACACUUAGUUAAGUGAAUUCGCCCUAAGUCAUGUUUAGUUUUAAAUGAGUCAAUUUUUAUACGAUUGUGCGGUGUGACACAAAGUAAAAGUGGAAUAACAAAUUACAAUUUUAGAAACUUUUAUAUGUAUAUAAAUCACAUAUCGAAAAUUUAUAGCAACAAUAAAAAAAAGAGUAUUACUUUUA